CGACCGAUGCACCGUUCGCCAAAACUAAAUGCAGUCAUUUCAAGCCUCCCUCGCCCACCAUCCUUUCAUCUCCCCAAUAAAUUCCCAAAACCACCACUUCGCUGGCAAAUUUUAAUCCUUCUUCACUUCUCUCUCACUCAAACAACGCAGACUCCAAGUCCUCCAUGGAUCCAAAACUCAUCAAAUCAUUCCAUUACUCCCUUCUCUCUACCCUUCUUGCAUUUCUUCUCUUCGCAUCUCUCUUUCCUUCCUCUACCUCACAACUGUCCACAGAUUUCUACUCACUUUCUUGCCCAAGUGUAGAGCUGCUUGUAAAGAGCACGGUGCGCUCGGCCGUCGGUUCUGAUCCCACCCUCUCCGGCAAACUCCUUCGCCUACUUUUCCACGAUUGUAUCGUUGAGGGCUGUGAUGGCUCCGUGUUGGUGCAAGGAAAUGGGACUGAGAGGUCCGAUCCAGCAAACAAAUCCCUCGGUGGGUUCGAAGUGGUGGAGUCGGCAAAGAGGCUGCUCGAAGUGUUGUGCCCUGGGACUGUCUCCUGUGCUGAUAUCUUGGUUAUGGUUGCAAGAGAUGCUGUGGAGAUGGCUGGAGGACCAUCAGUUCUGGUCCCACUAGGAAGACGAGAUGGACGGGUUUCGUCGUCUUCGAACGUGAGACCGAACAUGGUGGACACCAGCUUCUCCCUUGGCGAGAUGGCUCAGCUCUUCUCCUCCAAAGGACUCUCCAUGGACGACCUGGUGAUCCUUUCAGGAGCUCACACCAUUGGCUCAGCUCACUGCAGUGCAUUCAGCGAGCGGUUCCAGCAGGGACCGAAGGGAGAUCUCGUGCCCGUCGACAGCUCCCUGGAGAAAGAUUACGCGAUGGAGCUCGUCAGGCAAUGCCCGGCCGGUGCAAGCACGACUGUUACUGUUAAUAAUGACCCGGUCACUGAUGCUUUGUUUGAUAACCAGUACUACCGCAAUCUGUUGGCCGGAAAGGGGCUCUUCCGAUCGGACUCGGUCCUCGCCGGUGAUUCCAGAACGAAGGCAAAGGUGGAGGCAUUCUCUGAGAGCCAGGACGGAUUUUUCGCAAGCUGGGCGGAGUCAUUUGUUAGACUUGCAAACAUCAGCGUGAAGACGGGCAGUGAAGGAGAGAUUCGUGUUUCUUGCAUGAGCGUAAAUGAUCCAGGGGAGUGAAGAUUGAACUGACAUUUUCGGAUAAUCAUGGUUGAUCACCUCUUCCAAUCUCAUUAGACCGAAGGUUUGGAUUUGCGGAAUUGUUCGAAGAGUUCUUCAUCCUGACUGUAUUGGUUCCUCCUACAGCUGCUCUGUUUGAGGCAACCGCUUGUUUGUGAGAAUAAUAAGCAGAAGCUUUUGUCACAUAACUCUUUAUUUGUUAAUUAUAGAAUUAUCUAAGCAAUAA